UCUGCUAUUGGCUGUCCCCUCACGGGCCGCCGAUUGGCUGUGCACAGAGCGAUGGGCCGGCAGUCAGUCAGGAAGUGUUUGCCUGGGCCGCCUGCGCUUUGCUUCCGGUACGUCCGGUACCACAGCUGCUCACCGGCCCGGGGCCAGCUCGUACCAGACAGCUAGCACGGAGUUGUAAGAAGAUUGAUUACACCUAAUUUAGAGGUUCAAUAUGGGGCCUCGGCGGAAAUCGGUCAAACCGUUUAGAGCAAAUGUUGAAGGCGUAGAAGACUGCAAAUCCAGUGAUCCUAAGGAUUAUAUGAAUCAGCUGUCUCAUGAAGUACUUUGUCAUAUAUUUAAAUACCUGCCGCUGCAGGACAUCAUGUGCAUGGAAUGCCUGUCCCGGAAGCUGAAGGAAGCUGUGACUCUGUACCUUCGUGUCGUCAAAAUGGUUGAUCUUUGUGCUGGGCGUUGGUGGGAGUAUAUGCCCACAGGAUUCACUGAUUCCAGUUUCUUGAAAUUGCUGAAGAAGAUGCCUGAUAUUGAGCAGCUUUAUGGCCUUCACCCUAGGUAUUUGGAGAGGCGCAGAGUUCGGGGCCAUGAGGCUUUUAGCAUUCCUGGUGUGUUAGAAGCUUUGCAGUCCUGCCCAAAUCUCCUGGGUGUGGAAACUUCACAUCUGGAGCUUGUGGAAGCUAUCUGGACAUACAUGCCACAGGUUCAUAUUUUAGGGAAAUUUCGGAAUCGCAAUGGGGCUUUUCCUAUACCACCAGAGAAUAAGCUAAAAAUACCCAUUGCUGCCAAAAUCCAGACCUUACAUUUAGUGGGAGUGAAUGUUCCUGAAAUCCCCUGCAUUCCAUUGCUGCGUCAUCUGUAUUUAAAAUGGGUGCGCUUAACCAAACCUCAGCCUUUUAAGGACUUCCUGUGCAUCAGUCUGCGAACCUUUGUGAUGCGAAAUUGUGCUGGGCCCACAAAUUCUUUAAAAUAUGUACCGCUGGUGACUGGUUUGGCUUCUGCCCGCAACCUGGAGCAUUUAGAGCUUGUUCGAGUUCCUUUUCUAGGAGGACUUAUCCAACACGUGGUGGAGGACAGCUGGCGGUCUGGCGGGUUUCGAAACUUGCACACAAUUGUUUUGGGAGCAUGCAAGAAUGCUCUGGAAGUAGAUCUUGGCUACCUCAUAAUCACAGCUGCUAGAAGGUUACAUGAAGUGCGUAUCCAACCUUCUCUGACCAAAGAUGGAGUGUUUUCAGCACUGAAAAUGGCUGAGCUUGAGUUUCCGCAGUUUGAAACCUUACAUCUGGGUUAUGUGGAUGAGUUUUUAUUACAGUGUAAGAUGACAAAUGCAGAUCUAAUGAAGUAUGGAUUGGCAGAUGUGGCUGAGAACCCUGGCAUUAUCACUGAUAUUGGAAUGAAAGCUGUAAAUGAGGUCUUUUCCUGCAUCAAGUAUUUGGUGAUCUACAACUGCCCCCACCUUCAUAAUCCUAAGAAUUGGAUCACAGAUCACUCUCGGUGGAACCGGUUGGUUGAUCUCAGUUUGGUGCGGUGCCAUGCCAUAAAGCUGGAGUCCUUCAGUCAAUUUGUUGAAUUGCUUCCCAGCUUAGAAUUUAUCUCACUGGACCAGAUGUUUCGGGAACCUCCUAAGGGAUGUGCUCGAGUAGGACUUAGUGCAGGGACAGGGAUUGGUGUGUCUUCAGCACUAGUAAGCAAUCAAAACUCCAACAAUGAGAAUGAAAAUAACAACAAUCACCAAAACAACAACAACAAUCUGCAGCACAAUAAUAACCAACAACCACACAACAUUCCACCUCCACAACAGGAGGAGGGGAACGACGAGCCAGAUCUAAGGCCAGAGAACCAUGUAGAGGAACAGCACAUUGCUGCUGAAGCUCUGAACGAUAUGGAAGAUGUGUCACAAGAUGACAUUAGGCCAGCUGAAAUGGAAAAUGAAGUUGAAGCCCCAAAUUUGGCCGUUAUACCAAUGGAUGUGGAUGAAGAACGAGCAGGACCCAGUGGUUUGCAGCCUGUUGUAAAAGCUGCACCAAUCACAGUCCACGAUUCUGAUAGUGAGGAUGAGGAUGAAAUUGUCAGUGGCCCAAGUGCUGGUAGCACAUCUGUCAACUAUCCCCAUGAGGAAGAUAAAAGUGACCAGUUGACAGAAUCCCAAGAAAACUCAAUUGUAAGUGGUAAAGGCAAAGCUCCCUUACGUAAGAAGUGUAAUGUUGCCAUCAAGAGUCCAACGGAGCCGACUGUGCCAAGUGAAGAAAGUAGCUGUGAAAAAGGUUGUCAAGUAACCAGCGAACAGAUUAAAGCUGAUAUGAAAGCGGCCAGUGACCCUUCUGAGAGGAACAAAGGUAAAGAUUGCUCCACGGAGGUGAGUGCAGCGAGUGCAGUAAUAAAUGCCAGUGAGGCUGACCCCCAAAAUCUGGACAGUUAUCAAUCUUUGAACGAGAGUCGUGAUGCUGCUGAUGAAGUAGACUUAUGUACAUGUAGUAGAUCAGAGGACUGUGAGCUCAGUGCUGCUCCAGGACAAGAACCUGGCACAUUGUGUCCCCAUUGCUCAAAAACGAUAAAUCAGGAACAGGAGCCCCAAAGGCGAAACAGUGGCAAUUGUGAAGGACAGCAGCCCUCUACUAGUCACUCCCCUCCAGUUAAUGGCUGUGAAUACACACUCAGGACUCCACAAAGUGGGGCGCAUAGGACUAAUUCAGGUAUAGGGCUGGAUUCUAGAGCAUCACCUACAUGCUGCCGGACAGAGCAGGACAUCCAUAAUCCACAGAGGCCUCUCACAAGAGCACGGACCAGGCUUUCUCAGGUGUCACUGAUGUCAGAUGGAGAAUCUUCACCAAAAAGUAGAAAAGCUGUGAAAAGGAAACGUACUGCAGAUAAAUCCACAAGUACCAGUGACCCAGUCAUUGAGGAUGACCACGUGCAGGUGCUGAACCUUAAAUCUAAGAACCUUGUGGGUAUUACACUGACUAACUGUGGCAUCACUGAUUUGGUUCUUAAGGAUUGCCCCAAAAUGAUGUUUAUCCAUGCAACACGAUGUCGUGUCCUGAAGCACUUAAAAGUAGAAAAUGCUCCUAUUGUCAAUCGCUUUGAUUAUGCACAAUGUAAGAAGCUUAAUAUGGAGCAAGUACUGGACCAGAUUCUUAGAAUGCCCCCUGAGAGAAACCGCAUCAUCUACCUGCGUCCCAUGCAGCAAGUUGACACACUAACUUUAGAAAGAAAGAUAUUCAGUGGACCCUACCCUUAUCACAUGUGCAUCAUACAUGAAUUCAGCAACCCACCUAAUGUCAGAAAUAAAGUGCGCGUCCGAAGCUGGAUGGACACCAUAGCAAACGUCAAUCAAGAGCUUAUUAAAUAUGAAUUCUUUCCUGAAGCCACUAGAACAGAAGACGAUGCAAAAAAAUAUACAAAAUAUCCUUGGGGUCGGGACAUUUACACUUUAGAAGGGGUUGUGGAUGGUGCUCCCUACUCCAUGAUCACAGACUUUCCAUGGCUGCGCUCACUCAGAACUGCUGAACCAAAUAGCUAUGCAAGAUACGACUUUGAAGAUGAUGAGAAAACUACAAUAUAUGCGCCAAGGAGAAAAGGCCAGCUCUCUGCUGACAUCUGCAUGGAGACAAUUGGUGAGGAGAUCUCUGAGCUGCGGCAGAUGAAAAAAGGGGUGUUCCAGCGAGUUGUAGCCAUAUUUAUCCAUUAUUGUGAUGUUAAUGGAGAACCUGUGGAAGAUGACUACAUAUAGGAAGAAAAUGUUCACAAUCAGUGUGUGCGUUUUAUCUCCUCUAGCUGUUCAGGCUGGAGACACGGCAAGAAAGGGCAUGAUCUAUUGAUAAUUAACAACAUUUGACAUUGGAUGCCUUUUUGUCGCAGACUACCCACCCCGUCAAAGGUCAGGCAGUUAUCGUUUUGAAGACCAGCAAAGUCAAGAGUCCUCUAAGGCAGCUCAGCAACCCCUGGUCUUUCAUUUUCCCACUGACAUUGCGUCUUCCUAUUAGCUUGGUUACAAUGUUAGUGAUGUUUUCAAUAAGACAGUGAUGCCGUUUACAACAUAUUUGAAAUUUGGUUUGCUACCAUAGUUUAAAAAUGAUAGUACACAUAGUCUUCGUACAUAGGCAGUUCCCUUAUCCAUCUGGUAACCAACAGUAAUUUUCAUAAUGAAAUUUCUAUUGUAUAUCUAUUUUCUAUAGCAUUCUAGCUAUGACCUAAAACAACGGAGAUUCUUCAUUACAAUCUAGCUGCCAAUAAUAAAAAGGCUUUCAGUAAAUAAUCACGGUAAACUAUUUAGAGCUCUUCAGUCAAUGCCAUGUUAGAGAAUAUAUUAAGAUCAGGAAGACUUUGUAAGUGUCUUGGUGGCUAAGCUGAGUGGAUUCAGUGAACCAUUUUAUAGAUGUGGUGAGUAACUGAGGCCUUAAAAUAAUGUCCAGUUUGUAAAAUAUUAUUAUUCUUAAAUAAUACACAUACUAGUGAACAUUUCAUUUUACAGUUACCUGCUGUCAUCCCAGCGAAGGAGGAUGUGUACAAAUAAGUCACCAUUUCGGGUGCCACAAGGGCAACAUGCCAAGUAUGCAGUAUUGGUAGCCCUAUGGGUAAUAAGGGGUAAUAGUAAUUUGUUAAAUGCAAAACAGAAUAUUUAAUUUUUUUUUUUUUUUAGUUAUAAACAAUUCUUUGCACUGAACUGAAGUAGCCACCUGCAAGGCAAAUCAGAUUUAAAGGGGGACUGAAAAAAGUUUGUAUUUUUUUGUAUUUUUUUCUAAUUGCAGAGCAGAUUGUAAAAUGUGUGGCAGAUGCCUUCUCUGGAUUUUUAAUGUUACCUUCUACAUGCUCCCUGUAAUAAGAAAGCAUUGAGUAAAAUCUCAUUGAACUGUUAAA